GUGCCAAUUGAUAGAAAAGUUCUCUGGAUAGUAAAUUUUUGACAGCUAUGAGGUGAAUAAAAAUGUUUGAUACGGCAGGGCUAGUGAAAAAUUUGACAGCAAGCAUUAUCAAGAAGAAGAACGAACAACGCACGUAUACACAUAAAUUAAAGAAAACAAAAGCGAGUGGAAAUAACAGAAAAUGGUCCCGCCGGCAAAAAAAAUAAAGAAAACCUAUAUAACUUGGAGCAGUUCAGAACGCAGAAUCCUUCUGGAAAGGCGAAUUGACAAGGAUGUUUGGUUCAGCUCAAAGAACGCCAACAGCAACGAAGGCUGGAAGUGAAAAAAUCGCGAAUGAGCUGAAGGAUCGCCUGGACGGUAAAAGUGCUGAAGCAUGUAAAGCACAAUGGAAUGCGUUGAUGAAAAAAUAUAAAAGCUUUUUCAAAUACCGCUCGGGCGAUGGAACAGGUGAAGAGGCGACUGCUGAAGAGGCGAAAGAUUGGGAGUUUUUUGAGUGCAUCCACUCAUAUGCUUCCAAGAAAGAUAAUUUUCACCCUCCAUUUUUAAUUGAUAGCGGCGAUGGUGAGGUGUCGAUGCAGCCAAGGAGAGAGGAAAACGCCACAUUUGUCUCGGCACUGCAGCCGGUUGAGUCCUUGACAAAUUCGCAGUCGACGUCUAGCGAAGAGUCGAGACAGAGUCCACUGCCAUCAACAUCCCGGCGCUCUGCAGCACAAAAUGGCGUUAAGCAACUAGAACGCCACAUUUAUAAAAGGGAUAAAAAAAUCAAUAAAAAAAUAUCAACGCUUUUGGCUGUAAUUGGGCAAAUGGUGCAGGCGGACUAUCCGCACAUCGACGCAUCAGCGCUGCUCUUGACCUCAGACUCGGAUUCUGAGUAGUCCGUGCCAUUAGGAAAUAUUUUUAACUGAAUUUUUUUAUUUUAUCUUUUUUAUGUAAAUAUUUUUUUGGUAGAAGUGUAGUAUUUAAUUUUUUGUUUUGUUUGUUGCUUGAAUUCACUUUAAUUUAUUAUUUUUAUACAACAUGUACCUCUAGAUAUAAGAAAAACCAGUACAAUAAGUAAUGUGAUGAAUUUUUUUAGUUUAAGAUAUAUUACUCUUUUUAAAAACUAGUAGGCUUAGUAACAAAAUGGAUCUCCAUAUAUGAUUUUCUUUUUAUUGUGAUGGUAUUGAAUACCACUUUAUAUUUUUAAGUAAAUGUAAAUAAGACUGAUAUGAAAAAACUAAAAAAAAAUAAGUAUUUUUGAUAUGCAUAUGUAAAUAAAAACCUAAGAAACUCUUUAAUUAAGUCUUGUUUUAUUGAUACUUAAAUAGUUUGAAGGAAUUCAUUGAGAAUUUCAUUUCGUACUCUUAAACCAUCUUCAGAGUCGGAUAUAUUUCGCGCAGAUUGGACCGAUUCUAUAUUAAUAGUUUCAUUCUCAGUAGCCAGGGAAGAUAGGUCAAAAUCAUCUGCAAGAAUGCAAAUGUUGUGCAAUAUAAAUGCCGCAAAUACGGUUUUUAUACAGUUUUCAAUUUUCAAUUCCAAAUCUCUAUUAAAUAUGUUUCUCCAUCUAUUUUUUAAAAUUCCAAAAGCUGCUUCAACAACUAUUCUUCCUCUACUAUGCGCAACGUUGAACCUGGCUUGAUUUGAUGUCAGAGGUUCUUUGAAUGGGGUGAUAACUGCCACCGGAAACGUUUGGCAUGGGUAUCCUUUAUCACCGAAUAAGAAUUGGCCCCGGGGAGGAUAGUCUCCCCUAGCAUAUAAGGGGCUAUUCACAAACACUCGUGUAUCGUGUACAGAUCCUGGGUAGCCAAUGAAAACAUCUGUAAAUUUAUAAUCGCUGUCCACAACCGCCUGCGCCUGGAUAGAAUAGAACCUUUUAUGAUUGAUGUAUUCAUCGUGUUUGUUGACAGGACAUUUUAUGCGAAUAUGUGUGCCAUC